CGGCUGUUAACACAGAGCAGCCAUUCAUCGGCUCUACAGUCAGCCACACACACUCCCAUGUCGAACCACUGGACAGCUAAACUGGUCUAAUUGUCUUUGCUGAGGCGGAUCUCCAUCCAGAGGUGGACCUUGUUUGGACCUUUUACCCACCAGUAUGGCUUUGGCUGAUAAGAGUGAGCUAUAACUGGGACAGACUGCUGACAUCUUUGUUGAUUAAAACGGUUUAAUUUAACCGAAGAGUUUGCUGUGAACAUUAUAUAAAUCCAAGAGUUGUUUUGAAAUCAGCCUUAAAAGAGAAAUUAAGAUGUCUGGCGAGGAGCACAGCCUAUCCGAGGCGGAGCUGAGUCCCGGAGGGUCAGACGAUGGUCACUCACUGUCACCGAUUCAGCCCGGAGCGCCCCCCGGCCAGGGCUCACCUCUGACCGGGCCGCCGCAGCAGCUGACCGCGCUGUGCGUCGGGGACGUCAGCGGGGAGGAGGGAAGCAGAUCCAGAGCCAAAUCCGAGGAUGAAGAAGAUCGCUUCCCGAUCGGCAUCAGAGAGGCUGUAAGUCAGGUGCUGGACGGAUAUGACUGGACACUUGUGCCGAUGCCAGUGCGCGUAAACAACGGAAAUAAAGCGAAGCCCCACGUGAAGAGGCCCAUGAACGCAUUCAUGGUGUGGGCUCAAGCGGCGAGGAGAAAACUGGCCGACCAGUACCCCCACCUGCACAACGCGGAGCUCAGCAAGACCCUGGGCAAACUGUGGAGGCUGCUGAACGAGAAUGACAAGAGGCCAUUCAUCGAGGAGGCGGAGAGGCUGAGGAAGCAGCACAAGAAGGACUACCCGGAGUACAAGUACCAGCCCCGAAGACGCAAGAACGGCAAACUAACGCCUGCCAGCGAGUCCGACAGCCAGGGAGAAGGGGAGGCCAGCCACUCCCAGUCUCAUUACAAGAGCCUUCACCUGGAGCACAACGGUGGGGCUGGGUCUCCUUUGGGUGAUCUGCACCACCACCAUCAUCACCACCACCAUCCUGCAGGUCAGGGUCACAGCCCACCCACACCCCCCACCACCCCAAAGACAGAGCUCCAGUCUGGGAAACUCUCCGAUGCCAAGAGGGAGGGGGCAGCAGGGGCGGCUGGAGGAUCAGGGGGGUCCAGGGGAGCCCUGGGGGUGGGAGCAGAUGGAGCCUCUGGUGGUCCGUCAUCAUCAAGCGCUAAACCUCACAUCGACUUUGGCACCAUGGACAUCGGCGAGAUCAGCCAUGAGGUGAUGUCCAACAUCGAGCCGUUUGACGUGAACGAGUUUGACCAGUACCUUCCUCCAAAUGGCCACCCGCAGAGCGCCACAGGGGCCUCUGCAGCGGGUUCCUCGGCUUCAUCUUACGCCUAUGCCCUGGCUGCUGCCAGUGGCCACACCGCCUGGCUCUCCAAACAGCAGCAGCAGCAGCCUCAGGCGUCCCCGUCAUCCUCCGACCCCUCCAAGGCUCAGAUCAAGAGUGAAUCCACGUCCGGGAGCCACUACGCCGAGGCCUCUUCCUCCCCAUCCUCAGGCACCCAUGUCACCUACACCCCCCUCAGCCUCCCUCAUUACGGCUCCGCUUUCCCCUCGUUGGCCUCCAGGGCUCAGUUUGAGUACGGAGAGCACCAGGCCCCCGGGGCGUACUAUGCCCACUCCAGCCAGGCCCCGGGUCUUUACUCAGCCUUCUCCUACAUGGGCCCUACACAGAGAUCCCUGUACACCACCAUAGGAGACCCCUCCAGCGUGGCCCCCUCCCACAGCCCCACACACUGGGAGCAGCCUGUUUACACCACACUCACAAGACCCUAAGGGGGAGCAGCCGAGCAGAGGGAAAUAUGGGAAGUGUGUGAGUGGAUCUGUGUGUGAGAAUAUGAGAGAGUGUGUGAGUGUCUGUGUGUCGUGCCAUAUUGAUGUUAUAGUAGAAGUUUUUACUUUUUUAGCCAAUUAAAAUGCAGGACGUAUCCAUAACGAGGCCUUAAAAAUGUUAAGAAGAAAAAGCCACAAACUCACACAUUAUCAAGUGUGGAGCAGCCAAUCAGAAAAAAAAUAAACUUUAAAUGUGUGCCAUCGUGAAUUUAUAAGUUGGGUUGUACAGACAGCGUGUAUACAAGACUAUAGCUGAGAGAACAAAUGUCUCAUUGAGGAGGACUGACUCAGAUUUGACCCAGAAACGAUGGGCUUCAACUGACAUAAUCAGAUUUUAUUAACCAAACUAAAGCAGAUGUUUUGACUUUAUUGUGUUAUUUUAUAAGAGUAGUAAGGUUAUUGUUGUUGAUAUCCUAGGGUGUAACUUUAUUGAUUGAUAUUACACUAAUACAUCUGCACCACUGCUAUGGGAAAAGCACGUUUCAGUGAUCCCUGUUUUUGUUUCUUUUUUGUUUUGGUGGCCAGAAAAAGGAUAAUUGCAACCUUUAUUAUUUUGUCUUUGUAGAUAGCACGCUCUGUAUUUCUGUCCUUUCAUUACAAUGACUUCACUGAACUGAAGAAUUAAGCAUUUAAGGGGAAAAAAAGGAAAAUGAGAGGGAAAGAGAGCUCUUAAAGAUGCAUCUUAUCCAGAGUUUUGGACACUUACCUCAAUUCUUUUAAUUUUUGUGCCAAUAGUAAAGCAGAACUAUGACUUUGGAUGCCUUAUAAAAUAUUGCUGAUGGUUUUCUAACUUUAUUGCAGCAAACCUCCACUUUGAAGCUUUUUAAGUGCCUUAGAUUUUGCUGAUUCACAUCUGAUUUGUCCAUAACUGAGUUAAAAUCUAUAAGUACAAAGUCUCAACCAAAUCUCUCCAGAUGAUUGGCCAGCUUUGGGUCCUACUUAAGGAUUAGAAUCACAUGUACAACCUCUCUGCGCUGCAAUGUAGGCCAAAAGCAUGUUACAGUUUAUUCCUUUAAUGUACCCAAACAGCCCUCUUCUUCCUCUCCUUUGCAAUGUGAAUGAUGGUCAUUACCACAGGCUUCACCCUUAUGAAGUGAUGUAUCAUUUUAUACUGACCCUCUUACCAUUUUACUUUGAUGUCAGUAAUAAUGCGUCGUGUCACUUUUGCUUCUUCCAUUUUGUAUAAUUCUGGAUAGUUUUGUAAAGUGUUUGCUAUACAUUCACUUGAGUAUUUUGC